UAAAUGGUCUCAUUAUAUACUAUCCUUUACGGGUAUUAAAUCUUUUUAAAAAAAACCCAAAUCUUCCCCGGAUCAGGCCGAAGCAAGGAAUUGUUUAAUUUUCCUCGCCAAAAUUCGAAACUCACAACGUUGGUUUAAAACGAAUGUCCAUGACCUCCUACAGUCGUACAUUGAUUCUCUUUCCGAAAAUUAAUCACUUAUUCUUCAGAGACAGAGGACUGUGAUGUAGAGAACUUGUGGAAUCAGUGAAUAUGAUGAAAACGUUCUUUAUUCUGUUGCUGCUGAAUCCCAAUUUUGUAAUACGAACAUGAAAUUUAUUAAGGGAAGUUCCCUCUCUUUCAUUUUUCAUGUUUUUCCUAGGGGACUGGGUUAGCCUCAUUGCUCUUAAAGCAAUGACUUUUAUUUCCCCAUCCAUCAAUUUCUCGAUUAAGAAGCUAUGUACACUUUCAAGAGUUAACAGAAAUGGAGAUACAAAUUUGCUGGAAAAAAAGAGAAUUCUCACUCAUAUGGUUCAAAUGGGUUCACCCAUUGAUUUGUUUGAAGCCAACAAUCUCAUGAGCCAACUUGUGAAAUCCAAAAACUUAGCACAAGCCCACCAAUUGUUUGAAAUCAUGCCUCAAAGGGAUGAGGUCUCUUGGACAACCUUGAUUGGUGGUCACAUUAAUGGGUCUCAACCAUUUGAAGCUCUGGCUUUGUUUUCACGAAUGAGAGAGGAAGGCACGAGGAUUGAUGAGUUUGUUCUCUCUUUAAUUCUUAAGGCUUGUGGCACGACAAAUCAACUAAAACAGGGGGAAAGCUUACACGGGUUCUCUGUAAAAACUGGUUUUGUGAACUGUGUUUUUGUGGGUAGCGCAAUUCUUGACAUGUAUACAAAGACGGGAUGCAUUUCGAAGUCUAGGGAUGUAUUUCAUGAAAUGCCUCAAAGAAAUGUGGUCUCUUGGACCGCUAUGAUGACUGGAUUGGUGAAUUCAGGCCAUGCUAAGGAAGCACUUUUGUAUUUUUCUAAGAUGUGGGCAUCGAAGAUAGAUGUUGAUUCCUUCACUUUUGCCACUGCUUUGAAGGCUUGUGCUGAUAUUGAUGCUCUUUUGAUAGGGAAAGAGAUCCAUUCUCAGAGUAUUAAAUUGGGUUUUGAUUUGAAUUCCUUUGUGGGGAAUACCCUUACUACCAUGUAUAACAAAUGUGGGAAGCUAGAAUAUGCUCUUCGUUUGUUUGAAAGGAUGCCUAUUCGCGAUGUUGUUUCUUGGACUACAAAGAUAGCAGGAUUUACACAAAAGGGUUGUGAAAAUGAGGCUCUUCAAGCCUUUAUUCAGAUGAGGAAAGUGGGGGUUAGCCCUAAUGAGUUUACACUUGCAGCUGUUAUAUCGGCCAUUGCAGGCCUUGGCUCUGUUCAUCUGGGCAUGCAACUUCAUGCCCAUGUUAUGUGCCAUGGGUACAUUGGCUCCAUGUCGGUGGAUAAUGCUCUUAUGACCAUGUAUGCCAAAUGUGGUGACAUGACAUCGGCAUUGAUGGUGUUUUAUCGGAUGGGUGUUAGAGAUGUGGUCUCCUGGACUGCUAUGAUCUCGGGGUACUCACAAGAAGGCCUUGGUGAAGAGGCCUUUGGGCUUUUCUCAGAGAUGCGAAGAAGUGGGUCUAGGCCAAAUGAAGUCACUCUUGCUAGCUUGCUAAGUGCAUGUGCAUACAUGGCCAUCCUUGAGCUUGGGAAACAAGUGCAUACCCAUGUCCUUAUACUGGGCCUAGAGCACAAUAUCAUGAUACGAAGCGCCAUCAUCAACAUGUACUCCAGAUGUGGAAGCAUACAUGAUGCUUCAAUGACCUUCCGUUUAAUGGAGAGUAGGGAUUUAGUCUCAUGGACGGCCAUGAUUAUUGGUUGUGCUGAGCAUGGGCAUUGCCAAGAAGCUGUUGAUCUUUUUGAGAAGAUGGAGAACGUGGGUCUCAAACCUGAUUAUGUUACCUUCAUUGGGGUCUUAACAGCUUGUGGCCAUGCUGGUUUGAUAGACCUAGGCUUUCAUUACUUUAACUCAAUGGUCCGAGAUUACAAUAUAAAGCGAGGAAAUGAACACUAUGGUUGCAUGGUGGAUCUCCUUGGAAGGGCAGGACGCCUCAAUGAUGCAGAGGCAAUGAUCAUGAGCAUGCCCCAUAAACCAAAUGACAUCAUAUGGUCCAUGCUCCUUAAGGCAUGUCAGGUUCAUGGUGAUGUUAAUUGUGGAAAGCGUGCAGCUGAACAUAUACUUGAAUUCGAUCCAAAAUGUGCUGGUACCCACAUUACAUUAUCAAACAUUUAUGCAGCCAUUGGGAUGUGGGGUGAUGCGGCAUAUGUGAGGAAGUUGAUGAAGUUCAAGGGGGUGAAAAAGGAACCCAGUUGGUCUUGGAUUAAGGUUAAGGAUGAGGUCUCUGUUUUUUUUGCAGGGGACCGUUCUCACCCAGAGGCUGAAGAGAUCUAUGCCCUGUUGAGUUAGUUGGUUCAAAAGAAAAGAUUGUUUGCAUACCAUAUAUAUUCUGAUUGUUAGAGAAUUAUAAAGAUUAGUAAAUUUUUUGAUGGAUAUCAGCGAGGCAUUGUUUUGAACAAUAUGAAGAUUCCAGUAAGAUGUAUAUCUUCGAUGCUUCACAGGCGCACAUGUAUGCACAUGUAUAUGCAUAUGCUGCAUGUGAUUAGCAUAAACCUGAUAUAGACGAUAAAUCCAGAUGUAGUCUUUAUGAGAUUCUGACUUAUUUUCUGUGAAGUCCAUACGUAAGGGCAUGGUGAUGAUCCUGUAGAAAGGGCACGGUGAUGAUCCUGUGAGAAAGUUUACAUAAUUGGAUUUCGUCUCUUUCAUUCCCUGAGGGCCCUUCUAUAGUAAACCAAGGGUGUUGAAGGCACUUAAUCCACAAUUGCACGCAUGUGUAUUGUACUCUUAAAAGAACACAAAACUGUGUUAAAAAAACAAAAACGGGGCACAAAAUGUGUUCUUAA